UCAUCACGACCACUGGAUAUGCCGCCGAAGAAAGAGAAGCCGAUUCACUCGCUCAUCGCGGGCACAACGGCAGGCGCGAUCGAGGCUUUCAUAACGUAUCCGACCGAGUUCGUGAAAACUACGUCUCAGUUCGGCGGGAAGAGAGAGCCGCCGAUUACAAUCAUCCGAAAUACUCUGAAAACUAAGGGCAUUACCGGCCUCUACUCAGGAUGUACAGCUCUUGUCGUUGGGAACUCUGUCAAGGCAGGAGUCCGCUUUGUUUCUUAUGACCAUUUCAAGCAUAUGCUUGCUGACUCCGAGGGCAAAGUCAGCUCGGGACGGAGUUUGCUGGCGGGUCUUGGAGCUGGCGUGACAGAAGCUGUCUUUGCGGUCACUCCCUCAGAAACAAUCAAAACGAAGCUUAUAGAUGACGCCAAGAACCCAAAUCCUCGUUUCCGAGGACUAAUCCAUGGAACAGUGACCAUUGUUCGCGAAGAGGGCUUGCGUGGGGUCUACCGCGGUCUCUUCCCCGUGAUGAUGCGUCAGGGUGCAAAUUCUGCUGUGCGCUUCACAACCUACACGACCCUCAAGCAGUUCGUCCAAAGCAAUGCUCCUCCCGGCCAAUCACUACCUAGCAGCAUUACUUUUGGUAUUGGCGCCAUAGCGGGUCUUGUUACCGUCUACACGACAAUGCCCCUAGACGUCAUCAAAACGCGCAUGCAAUCAUUGUCCGCAAGACAACAAUACCGCAACUCGUUCCAUUGCGGAUACCGUAUAUUUACGGAGGAGGGCAUCUCGCGGUUUUGGACGGGUACGACGCCGCGCUUGGUACGGUUAAUGCUAAGCGGUGGUAUCGUCUUCACAACAUACGAAAAUAUUAUCCGUCUUAUUGGCGGAAGAGAAGAGGAACUUUGAGUCUGGUCACGAUGCCUCACUUGAUAUUGCAUAGCCUAUAAGUACGCGCAGCCUACGAACCUGCAGUAUACGUUGGGACCUAUGAGCUCUUGCUUUACUAAUUGUGCAGUUUACAAAAUCCAAAAGUUUGCCAGGAGCGUCGCUCUCCGCGGCUCUCCCAGU